AUGUUCGCAACCGACUUACCACUGGAUCAAGAGGCGGAGUCUGUUGGAGCGCGGAGGGAGCGAAAGACCAAAGAGCGAUCCAUCAGGUCAAACUCCAUCCAUACUUCACGAACGUCCACUAGUUCCGCAAACUCUGGCUCUACCGACCGUGAGCAAUGGUGGUCUUCAGGCCUGAAGAAAGCAAAGAGUAUAAAACCCAGGAUACUACGACCAUCAACCGGACAAACCACAGAUUCUCAGAGAACCGCGAAGACCGUGCCAGCCGAGUUGGACUUGACCCGCACGCACAAGCUCAAGGAUCCCGCGCUGCACCCUAGCUGGACAUACACAGGCACUAUUCCUGCGAAACUUCCAUCUGGUGAUUCUCUGCAUCCGCAACAGGAUGAAGUACAGGAGCUGGAAGGUGAAAAGUCCUCUCGAAAGACAGACUCUACGAGAUCGCGCGUCUCACAUGACCGAAAGCGCUCGGUGAGGACUCCGCCGGUAGUUGACAGCAGCGAUGACGCAACGCAAGCAAGCCGCGUCAGUCCUAGAUCUUUUGUUACGAGCAGAACUCGUGCCAGUUCCGAGACCCCUGAAGAUAGAAGUGCCCCGCCAAUGUCAAUGCCAGGAGCGAAGAGGGUUGACAGCGGGUGGCCACAGUCAGCUGAAACCGAAGCAAUGCCCAAAGUUGAAGCACUCGAGCUGCAUGACAGCUUCCAGGAGAAAGAACACGACGACGCUAAGCAUGUCUCAAAAGCGAGCGGUGGCGCAAAUUCCGAGGUCUCCUGCAAGCCUCUCUCGCAAUGGCAAUGUCUCACUCCACGAGGGGUACCUUCGGAAAUACAGUUGCAGUCGCGGUUGACCCCUAAGAAGGUUGCAGUCGCCCAGAAUACCACACCGGACCUCGGCCGUUUUACACGAUUUAUCCGGAGAAUGGAGGGAGCCGGUCCCAAAGUCAUCCUGGACCGACUGAAGGAAGAUUGGCAGUGGAGCACAGGCGGAGACGUUGAUGAGGAGUUGGUCCUCGAGAAACAAUUGUGGCUGUUGACGGGGUUCCAAAUGCAGAAUUUGGGUCGGGAACGGACCCUGCCGAAGCCCGAAUGUAACACCGGGAGGAUCCUUGAACUCUACGGUAAUCUCUCUGAGGUAUACCAACUGUCGGCAAUGCAUCCGUCCCAAACAGUGCACUUCCUCACUACCAAACCCCAGCGACGUGUUCAGUUACCGGGCAACGUAUCCUACUUGACAGUGCGCAAGCUUGGUGCUGUUCCACUGCCUUACCCAGAGGACUACUUCUCGCAUAUAAGAGCAUCGACGUUGCCAUCGCUGGUACCCUCUGCCAUAUUACCGGAACUGUUCAGCGAAUGUCACAAGCUGCUCGCUACCGGUGGUUUCCUAGAGAUCAGAAUCAUGGAUGCUGCCCCGGUACGCAAGACUACCGGCCCAUUGAUGCGAACCUGGAUCGAGGACAGACUCUCCGUCAAUCUGGAGCGAGACUUCAGAUGCUCAAAGCCAUGUUCGCUGGUCCCCAGUUGGCUGACAGCUGCCGGAUUCGAGAUGCUCGUUCAGGAAGACAACCAGAGCAUGACGCUACCGUGCGCUAUCGACUCGGAUACUGCCAAUGUGAACGAAGAGCUUUCCAUGAUCAUCGGCCGGGCCUUCUGGAAGGACAUAUGGGGUAGCUUCGUAGACGACGCUCAAGACGAACCGAAGUGGUGGUGGGAAGACGAAGAGAUCGUUCAAGAAUGUGUAAAGCGCCAAACCUUGCUCGAGUGCAGGACGAUCUUUGCAUACAAGCGAUGA